AUGUCCUCCGCUCUCCACCCCCACACACAGCGCGCGAGCCCCGUUGCCUCGACGUCCAGCCAUCCGCACCCAGCCGCGCAUCCUCCCUCCGCCUCCACUUCCGCCGCCACUUCCCCAGAUCAGUCCCCUCACACGCUCUCGUCUCCCCACAGCAACACCUCCAACUCCCCGGCGUCCACCUCGUCUCUCGCAAACGCCCUGCGCAGCCCCCAGCCUCUCCGCACCCGUCCUAGCCCGUCCAAGUCUCCAAACCCCGAUAGGGAUGACGGUGUCGCAAGCAAGGGCACGGCGCGUGCAGGUCUAUCGUCGGGUCAGCCCUUAACGGCUCAUGGAAAGCCUCGCGAACGCGUAUAUCUUGCCUGCGUUCAAUGCCGUACUCGCAAAGUCAAAUGCGACGGUGCCAAGCCCGAAUGCCACAACUGCGUCCGGCGCGCCGACCCACUCGCCGGAACUUGCUCCUACGACGGCGCUCCUCGACGUCGCGGGAAGGAUCGAACGCCCGGCUCGCGCAAGUUCGCAGCCUACGAAGCCAAGAAGACGCGCACGACUCGAUCGCGAGCUGAAGAGGAAGCCAAACGCAAGAAAGCAGAGGAGGUCGCGCUCGCGGCUGCCUUCGCUGAGCCGUCGCAAACGCCUUCCACUAGCUCUCCUCCCGCCCCAGCCCCCUCUUUCUUCAAUACUCUCCCCGGCACAUUUGAGUCGCGGACACAUGACCGGCUCGUCAAGUCCGCUCUAUUCGACUUCCUCGGCGCGGUUCCCUUGACCUGCGAGCUAGAUUACCUGGCCGCCCUGCGUCCACGGAAUAUGCGCGAUGUACCUGUCGACGCCAUAGCGAUCGCCCGCCGUGUGGAAGACGACGAAGACUUUGAAGAACCAGGUGUGGUCAACAUCAGCACUCUCCCCGGCAUGCGCUUCACGCGUGAAACGUGGUGGGACGCGCUGCUCGGCUUCUACGCCUCGACGGACGGCGACAAUAGCAUGACAUUGACCCCCACCGUGCGCGACACCGCUAUGCGGGGUGUCGUGGCAGACCUUCGCUUCUUUUGGCAAAUGUCUAUGCACUGGUUCAGUUUUAUCCACAUCCCGCGGUUCUUCGCCAACGUAUUUAACCCCGAGCGACGAAGCAAGGUGCAGCCCAGUUUGAUACUCAGCGCCGCGGCGCUGGCAAUCUUCUAUCAAGGUUCGGAAAUGGAAAAUGGGUCCCAGGGAAGGCUUCGGGCGCUGCAGUUGCUUGAUCAAGCCCAUGCGAUGUUCCAGGCCAGCCUGAGCGCCGGGUGGGUGGACAUUGGGCUUGUCCAGGCAGCAUGGCUGCUUGCCGUGUUCGAACUCCAAGCCCACCCGAAGGCAUCAACUCAGCGCACACGCUCGGUAUUCGACGUGCUGGACUCGCUCAUCCGGAGCCUCGGGUUGACGACUCUCGAUGCAGACGAUCCACGCACCUCUAUCUUCCUCCCGGGCGCCGUGCCCGUCGUCCCUUCCCCUCCGCCAACUCCCCAGCCUGACUUCGGGAUUGAUCUUGACACCCUCGGCCUCCCGUCCAUGAUGCAGCAGCUCCCGACGACACCCUACCUUUACGUGCCCGCCACCCCUUCUCCUACCGCCCACUACGUCCGUAUCCCCGGGACACUACACAUACGGUACGAGACCCCGGUCGAGAAAUGGCACUGCGGCUGCGAGCUGUACAGUCUCAACGUGGCGUGGCCGCGCGUGAAUGAGGUCGCACCCACGCUCGCGAAUAUGCCCAUGUGGCUCGAAGACGUCAGCGAGGGCGAACAGCUCAAGGAGGAGUGUCGACGGCUGGUGUGGGCGACGGUGAUGCUGACGGCGUCGCACAAUACGAAGUCGACUGCGGGGACGGACGUGGAGCCGCAGCACCUGUGGAUCAAGGAUCCAGCGAACUAUGCGCUACUCUUCCCAGGGGAAAACUUCGAGUCGCUCGGCAUGGGCGGGGUGGCGACGUCGAAGUGGUCCGCGUGGGCGUUGUACAUCCGGGUGCAGUUGGUGUGGCACUCGUGCCUCCGCGUGCGCUCGGACUCGCUCGUGGCGGACUCGCAGCGCGCGCAGUGGGCGUCGACAGCGUGGCUCGAGCUCGACGCGAUCGAGGGUGCGAUGGACGCGCACUCGUGCGGCAUUCAGAGCGGUAUGAUGCUCCAGAUGCGCGAGUUUCUAUUCAACACCCGAAUGCUUGUUUCGAACGAUUUCAGGAGAUUUAUCCCCGAGGCCAUGACAGCCUCUAAUAUGCAGUUCUAUCACGACAAGGCCGAAAAGUGGAUGCGGUUCAUGCUCCACGUCGCCAACGACAUCCGCGACAUGAUCAGUGCCGCCGUGCAAGGUGUCUCGACGAACAACUCCAGGCGCUGCUUCCUGAUGUACUGGUACAUGUCCCAGAUGAUGCGCGCGCUUGCGCUCUGGCACGCCGACCCAACCAUAAUUGUCGCGCUCGAAGUCGCAAAGGCGUUCGCGCCGUGCGUCGAGUACAUGAUGAUGCUCUGGCCCUCACCCGGUCAACGCAGGGAAUACGAGGGCAUUCGCAACUGGCUCGUUCGCUCGUGCGAAAUCGCGGGUUUAGGAGCACCCACGCCCGUGAUCCCGCUGCCCCUGCGUAAGCAGGCUCCGGUUUUGGACCAGCCAUGGGCACCGUUGGAACUGUGA